AUGGCUGCAGUGAUCCCGCUGUGUCCCGGCUUUCUGACAAUUUUUCUACUUUGUGUGGCUGCACAACAGGCUGAUGGUUCUGUAUCUGUUGGUGCAUCACUCACGGCAACAUCCAACGCAAAACCAUGGCUUUCACGUUCUGGCGAAUUUGCCUUUGGGUUUCAACAACUUCAAGGAAACAAUAUUUUCUUGUUAUCGAUAUGGUAUGACGAGAUACCAGACAAGACUAUCAUUUGGUAUCCAAAAGAUGGUCCAAUGGUGCCCAGGGGAUCAAAAGUUGCGCUAAUUGAUGGUCGUGGGCUCGUACUCACUGAUCCUCAAGGGAGAGAGGUUUGGACUUCUGUGUCCAGUUCUGAUUAUAUUGCAUACGGUUUGAUGAACGAUACUGGUAACUUUGUGCUUGUUGGUAGAGAUUCUAGCACUAUUAUAUGGGAUAGUUUUGGUAAUCCAGCGGAUACAAUGUUGCCAACUCAAAUUCUGGCUAAAGGUGAAAAGAUCAAUUCGAAAACGAGCAGAACAAACUUCUCUACUGGAAGAUUCCAGUUACGUCUACUUGAAAAAGGGAAUCUUGUUCUUAAUACUAUUGAUAGAUUCUCUGGGGAAGCUAGUAGUGAUCCUUACUAUGAUAGUCAAACUGAUGAUGACUCAAACUCAACGAAUUCUGGUGAAAAAGUGGUUUUUGAUGAGACAGGGUACUUGUAUAUAUUGAAAAGAAAUGGCCAAAGAUUUGAUCUUACUCCAAAAUACGCCGUUCCUUCUGGAGAGUAUUAUCACAGAGCUACUCUAGAUUCUGAUGGGGUUUUUACUCAGUACUAUUACCCCAAGAAUCCAAAGCGCAAUACAAGUUGGGAAGUUGUAUGGUUGGUGCCAACAAAUAUUUGUCAGACUGGCAAAGGUUGUGGGCUAAACAAUGUUUGUACCCUUGAUGGUAACCGGCCAAAAUGUGAAUGUCCACAAGGGUUUUCAUUGCUUGAGCCCAGUUAUCCGAAUGGUGACUGUGACCCUGAUUUUGUUCCGAGCUGUGAUGCAGGGUAUGUGGAAGAGCAGUUUGAUUUGACUGAGCUUAAUAACAUUGAUUGGCCAGGAUCCGAUUAUGCAAGCAUUUACCCCAGUAAUGUAGAAAGCUGCAAAAUUUCAUGCUUGAAAGAUUGUUUUUGUGCCGUUGCAAUUUAUAGGGACAGCCAAUGUUGGAAAAAGCAGCUUCCGCUUUCUAAUGGAAGGAAGGAUCCUUCAAAACUUGUGAAGGCGUUCUUGAAGUUCAGAAAACGAGAUCAUCGUCCUGAAUAUUAG